CUUUGGUUAUCGUAUAAACAGUGCAACCGGGCGCAGUGCGAAUUGCUGUUGAUAAAAUUAUUAAUUUUAGUGUGUUAUUGUGUGAUUGAGGUGCUAAGAAAUGUCUGAUAUCAAGGCAGAAACCAAGAAUGAUAAUAACAUUGAUGAUGUGUCCAAGGACCAAUCGGAUGAAAAGCCAACUCCUACUAAAAACAAACGGAGCGGGUCAAAGAGGCUGUCAACUCUCGAACGAACUGCUCAGGAAGGAGAAGCUAUUGCCAAGGGUCUGAGUACAUCCAAUGUAGAAGUUGAAGGCAGAAGACGUACUCGUAGUUCAGCUCGUGGUAUCGCACCUUCAACACCUGCACCCUCACCGCCGAAGAAACAAAAAACAGAGCCUGUCUCAAAGUCAGCAUCUGGAACUGGCCGCGGACGUGGCCGUCCAAAGAGACAGGAGAAAAUAAGUGAAAAUAACACAGAUGACGAAGCGAACAAUAAAAAUGAAAAAAUUGUUGAGGAAGAAAAAAUGGAGGUAGAUGAAGAAGCUAAAGAUGAAAAGGACAGUAAAACGUCUGAUCAUGCGGCUGGUGAAAAAAAUAGUGAGGAAAAUACUGAUAGUAAAGAUAAUAAUGGGGAGAAAGCAAGUCAGGCCAAUUCCAAGGACGAAAAAUCGACGGAAGACUCGGAGAAUACGUCGAUAACAGAACCUAAAAUACCGUCAAAUGCCAGUGAAGAAAAGAAAGAUAAUGAUGAGGAUGAUGAUGACGUCAAAGAUAGUUCGGAUUCAAGUCAAGAUGCGACAGAUGCUGCUGCACCAGAUAAUAAAUCCGAACAACCCCCAGCAUCCACGGAGUCUCAAAAUCCCUCCAACAAGACAACCACUGAUGAGAAAAAGGAAUAACCUUUUUAUUUAAUAUAAAAUUCAAUGUAAUUUUCGCUUAUCAAGACGGGCGCACACAUCGGGGCUAUACAAUCAAAGUCUCCACGUCUAUUUUAAUUAAUUGACACCUUAUAUUUAAAAUUUCCUUUAAUUUGACACAAUUAUUUGAUGCUGUAAUAUGGACGUUGGUGGUAGAAGGGUCAUCCAGGUCAUAAAGUACCAGGUCGUGUACUUUGUGCACCGUAUACGUCUGUCUUCUAAGAGCUUGUCAAAAUUUCCUUUUAUUUCGACAUAAUUUGACACCUUAUAUUGCUGUUUAUCAUUCAUAUCAACGUAAUUGAUAAUCAUUUUUAUUUUUUGACAAUUUUAUUACUGUAAUUUAAAAAGUAAUACUUAAACUUUAUAUAAAAACAAAAAGAACAUUAAUCAGAUUAAUGUUAAUUUCCAUAAAUUGAAUUUACGUUUUCGUUAAAAAUAAUUAGAUUUUUUUUACUUUAAAAGACUUUGAAUGUUAUGUCAAAUAAUAUUUUACAAUUGUAUUAUUAUUUAAAUUAGAUUAAUUUGUGUUUAUUAAUUUACAACAGCAAUUAAAGGUGUAGAGCAUACGUUGUUUAUGUACAUUAAUAACAUUGUAAAAAAUAUAUUUAAUAUGGACUCGUAACAGAAAAAAAAAGAAAAAAAAAAUUAUGAGUAUUUGAAUACAAUAAUCUAAUAAUAAUAUUAAUAAUAAUAAUAAUAAUAAUUAUUAUUAUUAUUAUUAAAAUCGACAAAGAAAAUUUAAGUUUAAUAUAAAAGUAAAAUACUUGAAAAAUUUAUAAUUUGACUAUUAAAAUUAUAAUAAAAUCAUAAAGAUAUAAAUAAAUAAAUAAUUUAAUUAAUUAAUUAGUAUAAUAAUUAAAUUAAAAUGGCAAUUCAAUCAUAUAAUAAUCAUAUAAAUAACUUUCGGUACCAUAUUAAAUAUUUAAAUAUUAUUGUGUAUCUGAACGGUUGUGAGUGUACAGAUAGAUUAUAUGAUUGAUUGACUAUAUUUAGUAAAUCCACUGUUAAUGAGACAUCAAUCUAAAGGAUUCACAAUUUCAAUAAGUAUAAAUUUAAUUAUACUAUUAAUAAAAUUACAUAUUUAUGUAUUUUUAUGACAUUUCGCAUAUCGUGUCUACGUACACUUGACUAAGAAAAAGAAAUUAAAUUCUUAUUUUUCGAUCGUAGUGGCUUCAAUAGUUGAUAAUAAAAUUAUUUUCACGUGUUUUUCUUUAAUAUUUUUAAAACUGUAUACAUAAAAGUAAUGGCCUCAAUGUAAAAUAAAGAGUCAAAUAUUUCUAGUAAUUUACAGUUUUAUUAUUAUAACAUUCAAUAAUUAUUAUCAUGUACGAACAGUGCAAUAAUAAAUAGAGAAAGAAAAAAAAAUUGAUAACGAGUUCUUAAAUGAUUAAUUAAUUAUACAAUCAUCUUUCUCGUCUGAAUAAACAUCACAUUUUUAAAAAUUUAUAGUAAUUACGAGUGUACUAUUAAGUAUAAAUGACAAAACAUUUUACAUUUAAUGUCAAAGUCUAGGUCUCAAAAAUUACUUAAGACAUUGAAUAAUAAUAGUAAUAGAACAUGUAACUUAUUAAUUUAAAUGUGUCAUUUUAACUGAUAGUAAAAUGAAUUUAAAAUAAAGUGUCUCGUUCAGUGGGAUUUAGAUAACUAGCAACUAGUGUUAAACAUUAGUUAAAUAAUUAUUGAUAUGAAUAAUAUUAUAUAUAUAAAUAUAUAAAACUGGUUCUAUUGAGAUUUGCUCUUGAGAUCAAGUGAUAUGUGUAAUAAAAAAAAUAUAUUAGCAUUUUAUCAUAUUAAUAUUAAAGAAUAAAAAGGAAAAAAAUGAGUGAGUCGUGAAUGAAAGACAGAUCAGUAGUUUUUAUACUCUCUUAAAACUUUAAUUUUCGGAUCGGGGUUUAUUUUUUCGUUGUCUAGCCAAUCUUACCUGAAGAGAAUACUAUCAAAACUUUUGUUCCGAUUUCUCUAUCAUUUUUAUAAAUAAAAAAACAUGUAAUUAUCUAAGUAAUUACUCCGUUACAAAAAUUUGUAUUCUAUUCUAGGGCAAACUGAUGAUGAAUAUGAUUGCGAGAUACUGGUUGACUUUUGUAACAAAAUUGCUUCAAUUAAUAAAAUAGUUAAGAACAUUUA